AACCGGCUCUCGCCUCUACCGGCGGCCUCCCUCCCUCUCCCUCUCUCCCUCGCAUACUGGUCACCCCUCUCGUCCCAGUGGACUCGCCCGGUGCCUCGGGCAGUAUCUGUGACACGACCUCGGGUGAGCGGCCGGGAAGCAAUACAGUUUUGAACGGGACGCCGUGCUGUCUACUUCAAUGGCGACGAGGCGGUGAACGUGUGCGCCGCGCGGUGAUUAGUGGCAAGGGAAGCAGUGAUGGCGUCAGUGAGCCGGGCGCCCGAGUUUGAUGCGGCAGUGGAGUCGUUCGGCGCGUACAGCAGGCGUCUCGAACAGCACUUUGUCGCCAACAGCGUCGGUGAAGAUGAAGUCGAGAAGCGCCGCGCCAUACUGCUGAGCGCGGUUGGCGCCAGCACCUUCAGCCUCCUGGAGGACCUCAUAGCCCCAGCCGCAGUGGGAGACAAAACGUUCAAGGAGCUGGUGAAGAUAUUGGUCGACCACUUUGAACCGCAACAAUCUGCAAUUGUCUCCAGAUUUCGGUUUCACUCCUGCACUCGCGAUGCUGGAGAGUCAGUGUCGUCGUUUUCGGCGAGGCUCCGCAAGCUUGCGAAGCCCUGCAAGUUUCAGCCAGGCCAGCUGGACGAGAUGCUUCGUGACCGACUGGUUUGCGGUAUUCAGCAUGAGCGGCUGCAAUCACGUCUGCUGAGCGAGCCGCGGCUGACUCUGGACACGGCUCUGGAGAUCGCUCAGGCCCACGAGUCGGCAGCAGCCAGUGCAGCCGAGCUCAGCGGCCGCUCCGAGUCGUCUGCCGUCAUCGGACGGGUCGAUGGGACACCACGGAGGAUGGUGAACGACAGCCGACCAGCCCUGGUGAACGACAGCCGGCGAGCACUGGUGAACGACAGUCGGCGAGCACUGGUGAACGACAGCCGACCAGCCCUGGUGAACGACAGCCGGCGAGCACUGGUGAACGACAAUCGGCGUCCCCUGGACACCGGCGGGGCUGCCUCCCGCGCUCCGCCGGCGCGGGGUGCCUGCAGCCGCUGUCUCAGCCGACGGCACGUCCCGGCGGCCUGCCCCUUCCGCUCGCAGAACUGUUAUGCGUGCGGAGCCGUGGGCCACACCAGAGCGGCCUGCCGGAGCCGCGCCGAGUCUCAGCGUGUCCGGCUGCUGGAGGAGGAGGAGCAGCCGGAGCCGUCCGUGACGCCUGGGACUUCUCAGAGUGGCGCGGCGCCCCACAAUGACGCGAUGGUUUGGGGUGCUAUCGUGGCGCUGAGGUGACCAUUUCGGUGGAUCCCGAUGUGAAGCCGAGAUUCUUCAAAGCUCGCACAGUCCCACUGGCAUUCCGCGAGCAGGUGGAUGCCGAGCUGGAGAAACAGAUCCAGCAAGGACUGUGGGAGCCAGUGGAGCACAGUAAGUGGGCCGCCCCCCCUAGUCGUCGUGCCAAAACCCGGGGGAAAGAUCAGGUUAUGUGGGGACUAUCGCCUCACGGUCAACAGGGUGGCCAAGGUGGACCAAUAUCCGCUUCCACGCGUGGAAGAGCUGCUUACACGCUUAACAGGCAGUAAGGUCUUUUCAAAGAUAGACCUUAAGUCCGCGUACAACCAGAUGGUUCUCGAUCAGAAUUCACGUGACUUUCUGACCGUAAACACACAGAGGGGAUUGCUGAGACCCACGAGACUUAGCUUCGGGUACGCUUCAGCCCCGUCCCUGUUCCAGAGAACCAUGGACACGCUGUUAGCGGGGAUACAGGGUGUGUGUGUGUUCCUCGAUGAUGUUGUCGUGGCGGGUGAGACUGUGGAAAGUCAUGAUGUAGCGCUGCGUGAGGUGUUGCGCCGGCUGCGUGAGGCGGGUCUCAGGGCGAACCGGGACAAGUGCUGUUUGGGCGUGGACAGCGUAACGUACCUGGGUCACAAGGUCAGCGGGAGCGGCGUGGAGACGACUGAGGAAAAGGUCGCUGCCAUCACGGGCGCGCCAGAGCCCCGAGAUGUCUCCGAGCUGCGGUGCUGGCUCGGCCUUAUCAAUUACUACGGAAAAUUUUUGCAGGGUUUGGCCACCACCCUUUCGCCGCUGUAUGUUCUGUUACGGAAAAAUCGCCCUUGGCAGUGGACGCACAUUGAAAGGAGAGCUUUUGAGGAUGCGAAACGUUUGCUCAAAAGCCCUCCCGUUUUGGGACAUUUUGACCCAAAACUCCCUGUGAUUUUGGCAUGUGACGCCAGUCCAGUGGGAUUGGGGUGCAUUCUUAGCCAGCAAACGAGGCAAGGGGAGAGACCGAUCGCGUUUUAUUCGCGCUCUUUAAACGAGACUGAAAGGCGCUACUCCCAGACCGACCGGGAGGGUUUGGCGGUGGUGGCCGGUGUAAAGAGGUUCCACUAUUAUCUGGCGGGCCGUCCGUUUUCAAUACGGACCGAUCAUAAGCCCCUGCUGGGGCUGAUAGGUGAGUCCAAGCCGCUCCCACUGAUGGCAUCGCCCCGGGUGGUCAGGUGGGCCCUUAUGCUGGGAGCGUAUGAUUAUCGCCUUGAAUUCGUCCCCGGCGUUAAACAAACUCACUGUGACGCGCUCAGUCGGCUGCCCGUCCCGUCGUCGGUGGUCGGUCAGUCGAGCCCCGUUCCGGCGGAGACGAUACAUUUGAUGGAGUUUUUAGACGCGUCUCCGGUCACUGUGGACCACAUUCGCCGGUGGACCUCUAGAGACCCUGUCUUGGCUGUCGUGCUUCAGUAUGUUCAGGAGGGCUGGCCGGAUGACGGGGAGGUGCUGUCGCCAGAUUUCCGACCUUUUAGGUCCCGUAAAGCCGAGCUGAGCAUUCAGGAUGGAUGUAUAUUGUGGGGUUCGCGCGUUGUGAUACCGCCACAGGGAAGGGCAAAAAUUUUGAGUCUUCUACACGACGGGCACUGCGGAGAGACGCGCACCAAGUCUUUCGCAAGAAUGUAUGUGUGGUGGCCUAACCUCGAUCAGGACAUCACAUCCAUUGCACAGAAUUGUGGCAAAUGUCAGGCUUAUCGUGCCAACGUACCUGAGACUCCGCUGCACCCAUGGAUUUGGCCAUCAAAACCAUGGGAGCGUGUGCACGUAGAUUAUUGUGGUCCAAUUGAUGGCUGGUGGGUAUUAAUUGUCAUUGACGCUCAUUCAAAGUGGAUGGACGUGUUUCCGUCGCGAUCAUGCACGUCCGAGACCACCAUAGAACAUUUGCGCGCUUCAUUUUCCUCGUGGGGGCUGCCAAAGACUCUUGUGUCUGACAACGCACAAUGUUUCUUGUCUGAGACUUUUCAGACGUUCUGUCGCUCGAAUGGCAUUCACCAUUUGACUUCUCCUGCACUGUCUCCGAAAUCUAACGGUUUGGCGGAGCGUAGUGUUCAGACAUUGAAAAACAGUAUUAAAAAGCAAACAUCGGGCACGAUUCACACCAAAAUAGCGCGUUUCCUGCUGCGCUAUCGCACAACACCGCACACAACCACCCAGGUGUCCCCAGCGGCAUUAUUCCUUGGCAGGACGGUGCGAACCCCGCUGGAUCUGGUCAGGCCUGAUCUGAGUGGUAGAGUGAGGAAAAACCAGGACAAACAAAAACUGUACGCCGACAGGGGCUCCUAUGAACGUUCCGUGUGCGUAGGCGAUGCUGUGUUUGUGUCAGCCGUUGAUCGUGUACAAAGUGCUGCUGGUUGUAAAUGGCUGCCGGGUGUGAUAGUGGUGCGGAAGGGAGUAAAACUGGCUGUUCAGUUGCAGGAUGGGAGAGUGAUCUGGAGGCAUCUGGAUCGGGUCCGGCCGCGCCGGACCAUGGCCGACGUGCCGCCGCCGACCGCUGGACGGGCGCUGGACCUGGAUCGGACGCGGCGGGACCUCUUUGAUGCCGACGUACCGCCGAGGGCCGGACUGACGGCUCGGGCGGUGGCCCCGGCUGCUCCGGACGGGUCACCGUCGGUCCCGGCGGGCGGACCGCCGCCGGCGCCGCGAUACAAUCUGCGUCCGCGAGAGACGUUACGGCGGCCGGACCGGCUGUUGUGUGAGUGAAGUUUGUGAGCGCUCCGUGCCUGAUAUCGUUAAAAGUGACCAGAGUUUUGUUGUUACGUUAGUUGUGAUUAUGUUAUAUUGCGGGGUGGAGGGAUGUCAUAACCGGCUCUCGCCUCUACCGGCGGCCUCCCUCCCUCUCCCUCUCUCCCUCGCAUACUGGUCACCCCUCUCGUCCCAGUGGACUCGCCCGGUGCCUCGGGCAGUAUCUGUGACACGACCUCGGGUGAGCGGCCGGGAAGCAAUACAGUUUUGAACGGGACGCCGUGCUGUCU